AUGGACAGCGGGAGGAGGGAUCUAAAACGCACUGCUGUCUGUGCUCUGGUAGCAGUGCUGGUCUUUUUCCUCUACCUCAAUACUGAAAGACAAUUCGGGAAUACGGGUGCUCCAACCUACAGGAAACACUCAGCAUCACCGUCAGCAGCAGAACCACAGUGGGAGGAUCCCGGGCCGUAUCAUGUCACCUAUCCGCGAAACUACAAAUUCAUUAUGGAUGACACACCAACGUGUAGGACCACAACUCCUUACCUGAUCCUGAUGGUUCCUGUUGCACCUCAUGACGUGGCAACUCGGGACAUCAUCCGGAAGACGUGGGGAAAUGAGAAACUGGUCCUGGGUGAGCUGGUUGAGACUGUUUUUAUUGUGGGACUGCCUGGAGGAAGUGAUGCUGAGCAGCAGCAGGACAAACUGAAACAGGAGAAUCAGCUGCACCAUGACCUGAUUCAGAGUAACUUUCGGGACAGCUACCACAAUCUGACCAUCAAGACCAUGGUCAUGCUGGAGUGGCUGGCUGAGCACUGUGCCAGUUCUGCUUUUGUCAUGAAGAUUGACUCGGAUAUUGUACUUCAUGUCGAGAAUUUGGUUAGGUUGCUGCUCGAUCUUGGUACGCCUAAACAAAACUACAUGACAGGCUUGGUGUGGUGGCACAGCCCUGUUUUAAGAAAUCCCUUCAUCAAGUUCUACAUGCCAAGAAGUGUGAUUGAAGAAUCAGAAUACCCUCCAUAUCCUCUGGGCAUGGCCUACGUUAUGUCUCUGGACCUUCCUGCGAAGAUCUUGGGAGUUUCACAUCAGAUCAAACCCAUCUACAUUGAAGACGCCUACCUGGGCAUGUGUUUGAAACGCCUGGGCAUUUCUCCCACCGACCCUCCAGACAAAGCAAUGUUUCUCGUCACCCCUGAGCAUCCUCUGAGCAAUUGCAGUCUUUCAAAGGUGAUUGCAUUGACGACAACAAGCACACUACAGAUGACGAGUUACUGGGAGAGGAUCAGACAGAAAGUUCAGUGUUGAAGUUAUACUGGUUUAGAUUGUAGAAUGUGUGAACUGAAUCUGAGAGCGACUCUUAAAAUGAUGUCAACUGGAGAAUAUUAUCUGUUUGCAGGCAACAUAGCAGCACCUUGUAUCUUGAUAGGAAAGGUCAGAAGUUGUCGAGCCAGAUGAGCAAGGCCAAACUGUCAGCACUUCUGUCUGCAGUCAGUAUGAAGCUGUUCUUUUUAUAAAUCUGAGCUAUGCAACAUCACAUUUGGCCAUUUUGCGUAAGAGUGUGAAGAGGUUAGCAAGACAAAGAGAUUUUUUUUUUCUCAUCUGUUACAAGUGACCAAAAAUAUAAACACAGUCUGUAAUUUUUCAUUCAACUAUAUGCAUUUGUUUCGGCAAAAGUGAAUAAGUAUUCAUUGUUCCAACAGGCUUCUAUACACUUCACUUUUACAAUAAGAGUGUGUGUAUAGUUUGAUGAUUUGUUUUUUGUAAUAUGUGGGAGUGGAUGGCUGUGAUCUCUGCCUCCCAGUGAAAGUGCACUUUGAUUUGAUGAUACAGCCACAUAGUUUUUUGACCUCCCCUAAGUUUUUUUUUUUAUAACUUUAGAAAAGGGCAAUAAUCUUGCACAAAGUAUUUUUCUUGGUGUGUUAAAGUAAGCAGCUCAACUUUGCAGAGUGGUUCUUUGGGAUCUUUGAUGGUGAUUGGGAGAACUGUUAUAGCAUCAAGCUAACCGCUACAUUCUUUGGGAACUUCUAGUUACUGACGUGUAUUUUCUGUUACUCAUAAACAUGUGUGUGGACAUCAGGUAAAUCUGUGUAUGUAUGCAUUUAAUGAACACUAAGUUAUUUUCAAAGUGAACAACCACGACAGAUCCUAGAGCAAAUUAGCUUAAAGUUUCCUUGAGUAAUCAACACAACACUCACUACUUUAAAAGACAGACUUUGUUGUAAGAUUUGGAAAUGACCUU